GCUAAGCGCGCACAGCAAAGCACAAAGACCUGUGUUGUUUUGCUGUAGUUGCGCUGCGCCCUCCCCUCUCCUCCCGUUCGUCCGUCUCCGCCUACCGGGCAGACAGACCGGCUACCCGACAAAGAGUGGUGGAGCGCGGCAGGCAUCAUCGCGGUCCUUCCCACACGCGUGCAUGCGCAUAUAGUGUCAUCACGAGGGCCGCGAGCAUCUUUCGCUCCACCUCCGCAACGGCAGCGAGCGAGCAACCGCGCCGCUACGCAGAGGGAGCCAGGAGCAGAGAAGGGCAGGGCAGGGUUCAGCGCCUACCUGGGAGGCUGUGAAGGGCCGGGCGAUGGAGCAGUACGAGGUGGCGGAGCAGAUCGGCCGGGGCGCCUACGGCUCCGCGUACCUCGUCCUCCACAAGGCCGAGCGCAAGAGGUACGUGAUGAAGAAGAUCCGGCUGUCCAAGCAGAACGACAAGUUCCAGCGCACCGCCUACCAGGAGAUGUCCCUGAUGGCCAGCCUCAGCAACCCGUACAUCGUCGAGUACAAGGACGGAUGGGUUGACGAGGGGACCUGUGUGUGCAUUGUGACAAGUUACUGCGAAGGAGGUGACAUGGCAGAGAGGAUCAAGAAGGCCAGGGGCGUUCUGUUCUCAGAAGAGAGGGUGUGCCGGUGGUUCACCCAGUUGCUCUUGGCCCUCGACUAUCUGCACUGCAACCGCGUGCUCCACCGCGAUCUCAAGUGUUCCAACAUUUUGUUGACAAAGGAUAACAACAUCAGACUUGGUGAUUUUGGGUUAGCGAAAUUGCUCAUGGAGGACCUUGCCUCAUCGGUCGUAGGAACCCCAAACUACAUGUGCCCAGAAAUACUAGCAGACAUACCUUAUGGAUACAAAUCUGAUAUAUGGUCACUUGGUUGCUGUAUGUUUGAGAUUUUAGCUCAUCGCCCUGCAUUCAAAGCUACAGACAUGGCAGCAUUAGUUAACAAAAUAAACAGAUCUUCAAUAUCUCCGAUGCCCCCAAUAUACUCAUCAGCACUGAAGCAGAUAGUCAAGAGCAUGCUAAGGAAAAAUCCAGAACAUAGGCCCACUGCUGGGGAACUAUUGAGGCACCCACAUCUGCAACCAUAUCUUGCUGAAUCGUGCAGCUGUUCACCAAUCUAUCUUCCAGUAAAGCCCACCAAAAGUAACCUGGGAGAGAAGCAGUCAAGGAAGCCAAGCAGUGGCAGAAAGCGAACCGUGAAAGCCAAUGGAUUCAAUGAAGCAUUAGAAACUGCAGUAGAGCAUGCUGUGGAAACAAGAGACAGCUCCACAAACUUUUCAGAUGUAUCAACUAUUGGUACGCAGGAAGCCUGCAUUUUGCAAAUGCCUGGGGAUCUUGAUACCAGAAACAAAGAACAGCAGAGCAGUGAUGUUUUAUCAUUUCAACAUACAGAGGAGAACGUGAUGACGACAACUGAUCGACAGAUUAAUGAGACAAUAUGCCUUAAAUCUAUAAGAACCAGUAAUGCAGCAGAUGAGGCCCCAGUCACUACUGCAAAUCAAAAGCUUAACGAGGCACCAAUACCAAAUGAGGAGUUGACGAUUGGAGUAGUGCAAGAACAAAGGAAGGAUGCGAAAACACGCUCUUAUCAAGGAGCAAAACCAGGCUUGGAUGACGCAGCUAUGACAGAGGAAUCAUCACCGAUUAGCACACUAAAAUUGGCGCAUACAGACAGUGCACCUGCUGAGUGGGAUCAUCUGAACAUAGUUCAGCAGAGGGCCGAUGCUCUGGAAUCUCUCCUUGAGCUCUGCGCAAAGCUCCUGGAGCAGGAGAGGCUCGAGGAACUUGCAGGUGUUCUUCGACCAUUUGGUGAAGGAGCUGUGUCAUCUCGAGAGACAGCGAUAUGGCUGACAAAGAGUCUCAUGACACCACCGAAAUUUGGAGGGUCGCCAACAAAGCUUCUGUAACAGAUACAGAUUUGAGGACUUAAUUUGCAAGUUGAGUGCUAUUUUGAGAGUGUAUAUAGCUUCACCCGAAUCCAUGAUUGUGCUUACUGAGGCUUGAGUUUUUUUUAUUUCGAUGUAUAUGGUUUGCAUGACUGCGGGCAUUCUGUGCACUGACUAUUUAUCUGCUAUUUAUUUUACAAUAGCAUAUGCUGCUUGUCUACUUCCACAAGUCUUCAUGUAAUAAUGGAAAUCCUUUCAAUUUUAUUUAUACUUACUUUCAUA